AUGUCAUCAAAAGAAUUAUAUAUUGGUAAUCUUGAUCCAGAUACGAAAUCACAAGAGAUAAGAGAAAUUUUUGAACGGUAUGGAAAUGUUAAUCGAUGUGAAGUUAAAUUUGGUAUUUCAGCACGUUCUGUAGCAUUCGGUUUUGUUGCAUUCGAAUCCAGUAAAGAUGCCGAGCGUGCUCAACGAAAAGAACAUGGUCGGAGUCAUCGUGGUCGACGAUUAAUUGUUGAAUUUAGUAAGACAACACCAGGACAAAAUGGACAACGUCGUCGAUAUAUAGGUGGUGAUAAACGUAUGGGAAAUGGAAAUAUUAAUGAACGAGAUCGGUCAAGAUCAUAUAAUCGUGAUGAAUCACGAAAUAGACAUCGACGACGACGUUCACCAUCUUAUGAUCGAAGAUCAUCAACAGAUCGAAGUAGUAGUGAUGAUCGUCGUCGAAAACAUGAUCGUUCUUCAUUAUCACAAGAUCAGAAAUCAAGUUCAAAACGUCGUCGUUCAUCUUCAAGUUAUGAUAAGCAUCAUACUUCACAUUCACAUAAAAAUGGAAAUAGUAAAAAACGUUAA